CUCCAAGGGCCUCUCCCAGCAACACAUUGUCAAUUGAAAAGGGUAAAGGGGUGAAACUUAAAGACAUUCCAAAUGGAGGAUUGUGGAUUUCUAUCAAUUAUUCAUAUCUUUGUUGCGAUUCGAGCUCGAAGCCAGCGAGAUCGCAACGAUCACUGCAAAUCACACGACAAAAGCAAACAGCACAACCACACGCAACAGAGCAAUCGAGCUAAGAUAGAUAGAUCUGGGCAAUCGAAUGUAUAUUGCAAAAGAGGAAUUACAAAUAGCAACAAAGCAAUAACUCCACGAUAACAAUGAGAAUGAAAACUGAGAACUGCUACGGAUCACGGAUCCUAGCCCGAAUCAACAAUCACACAACUUACAUAACAAAAUGAGAGUGUGGUCCCUCCUUUUAUAAUUCAUGCAAUGCACACUGCAUCCGCCUAUAUUCCCCUGUCCUCUGCUCAGCGAACUCACGUACUCCCCUUUCCCAUUCGGCCAUGCCAGCUCGGACGUCCACGUGGACCUAUUAUUAUCCGCAUAUGACCUUAUUUCUUCAUUGCAUAACGCGGCUAUUCCGUGAAAUGUUGCAUGCACUGGCAUUCAAGUUGUCUAAGGCGAAACCUGAUGAGACCCUACAGCUGCUCCACAAUGUUCUUUUUGGCAAGAAAUCUACGGUGCACACACUCAAGAAAAACAUAGGCCUCUUUUCUGGUUUUGUAUGGGCUAAGAAUGAGAAAAAGCAAAGGACAACAGUCGAGGAGAAAUUUGAGAAAUGUGUUAAAGGGCAGUUGCUGGCUUUUUGUGAUAUUCUCAAUAUCCCUGUCACCAAAUUGACCACAAAGAAGGAACUUAUAACAAAGUUAUUGGACUUCUUGGAAUCUCCACAUGCUGCAACAGAUAGCUUGCUUGCUGACAUGGAGAAGAAACAAAAGUUGAGUUCUCAAUCUGGGAAGAAGUCAAAGUCUUCUAUUGAAGAAGAAGAAGACAAUGAUAGAGAAGCCAAAUCUUCACAAAUUGACGAUAAUCAUGAUGAUGACAGCACAGUUGGUGAUGGAGAAAGUGAAGAUGAGCAUCACUCAGAAGAAGGGAUAGAUGAUGAUGACGGCAAAGUUGGUGAGGGAGAAAGUGAAGAAGAGCAUCACUCAGAAGAAGCAACAGAUGAUGAUGACAGCAAAGUUGGUGAGGGAGAAAGUGAAGAGGAGCAUCACUUAGAAGAAGCAAAUGAUGAUGAUGAUGACAGCACAGCUGGUGAAGGAGAAAGUGAAGAUGAGCAUCACUCAGAAGAAGGAACAGAUGAUGAUGAAGAUGAGUCUGGUAAACAUAUGGAUGUUGAGCAAAGUUCCUCAAAGAAAAGAGGUAAGAAAGAUAGUGGGAAGUCUGAAUUGAAGUGUAACAAGUCUGUUGGUAAAGGAAGCAAUGUAACAGCAUCCAAAACUGGUAAAUCUACUCAAAAGGGUAAAGUUACGACCCGUUCGAGCAAGAAGAAAAAGGAGGAAGACAAUGGUAAAGGGAUGCAACUUAAAGACAUUCCAAACGUGGCAUUCAAGUUGUCUAAGACGAAACCUCAUGAGACCCUACAGCUUCUCCACAAUGUUCUUUUUGGCAAGAAAUCUAAGGUGCACACACUCAAGAAAAACAUAGGCCUCUUUUCUGGUUUUGUAUGGGCUGAUAAUGAGGAAAAGCAAAGAACAAAAGUCAAGGAGAAAUUUGAGAAAUGUGUUAAAGAGAAAUUGCUGGCUUUCUGUGAUAUUCUCGAUAUCCAUGUGACCAAAUCGACUACAAAGAAGGAACUUAUAACGAAGUUGUUGGACUUCUUGGAAUCUCCACAUGCUACAACAGAUAGCUUGCCUGCUGACACGGAGAAGGGUAAGAAGCGGAAGAGUAUGGAAUCAACAAGCAAAAGUCCUACUUCUUCUAAUGCGACUGCUGGAAAAUCGAAACAGAAACAAAAGUUGAGUUCUCAAUCUGGAAAGAAGUCAAAGCCUUCUAUAGAAGAAGAAGAAGAAGAAGAUGACAAUGAUGAUGACAGCACAGUUGGUGAAGGAGAAAAUGAAGAGGAGCAUCACUCAGAAGAAGCAACAGAUGAUGAUGAUGAUGACAACACAGAUAAUGAAGGAGAAAGUGAAGAGGAGCAUCACUCAGAAGAAGGAACAGAUGAUUAUAAAGAUGAGCCUGGUAAACAUAUGGAUGUUGAGCAAAGUUCCUCAAAGAAAAGUAGUAACAAGUCUGUUGGUAAAGGAAGCAAUGUCACAGCAUCAAAAACUGGUAAAUCUACUAAAAACCCUUCCGGUUCAACAUCAAAGAAAGAAUCUGUAGCAGAACCAAAGGGUAAAGUUACUACCCGUUCGAGCAAGAAGAAAAAGGAGGAAGACAAUGACGUCCCUGCAAAGGGUGCAUCUGCCAUCAAGAAAAAGUCAAGCAAAUCUUCAAAAAAAGAACAAGCAGGGAGAGGGAAAGAUUCAAUAGCAGCUAACAAACAGCCUAGCAGAGAAGAAAUGCAUGCUGCAGCGACGAAUAUACUGAACGAAGUAGAUUUUGAUGUAGUGAAAGUAGCUGACGUCUUUCGACAACUUGCGAAGCACUUUGGAGUAGAUCUGGGGCAUAGGUUAGAAGAAGUGAAAGAAAUAAUUGCUGAAGUAAUGGAAAGCAUAUUGAAAAACAUGUCCGACGACUCUGGAGAUGAAACACGAAAAGAUGAUGGAGAUGACGGAUGAUGAGCUACCACCGGAAGAUGAUUUCUUCCUCCCCUCAAGGUUGGUGGUAAACUGGUAAUGAGUUUAUCAACUUGAGCAUAGCAGGAGGAGGGGUUUAAGCUUGAAUCAUUUUGUGUAUUGUUUGUUGUGUACAUUUUGUUAAUCACGUAAAUAGUUUUGUAAAAUUAGUUUGAGAAAUUUUAGAGAAGCAGUACAGAAACUCGAAGUACUAUGCAAUAAAUUUGUAGAUAAGGUCAUUUUUUACUUUUUUUUUGGCUUCUAAAACCUCAUCUUCAUCUACUCAUAUUUUGAAUUUUAUCAA